GCUGUGCCGCCGGCUGCGCGCGCCUGAAGGCCAGACAUGGCGGAGGUGGGAAAAGAGCAGGCGGGCCUCGGGCCCUUGCGAGGAGGCGCCACGGAGUGGCAUCUGCAGCGGUAUGGCCGCUUCAUGCCCUUGGGCACAGGAGAGCCGCCCGGGCCCGGCCUGGAAACGGGGCCAGAUUCUUCCCCCACGUGGAAGGUUUUUGACUCCAGUGAAGAAUCUGGAUAUCUUGUUCUCACCAUAGUCAUAUCAGGUCAUUUCUUCAUUUCCCAAGGACAGACACUACUGGAAGGGUUUUCACUCAUUGGUAGCAAGAACUGGUUGAAGAUUGUAAGACGCAUGGAUUGUCUGUUGUUUGGAACGACGAUAAAGAGCAAGAGUCGCAUGUUCCGGGUACAGUUUGGUGGAGCAUCAAAGGAAGAGGCGCUGGAACACUGCCGCAGCUGCGUGCAGCACCUGGCCCAGUACAUCCCCGUCCAGGUGCCCGACGCAAUCAGCCAGGAACUCAGGCCGAGUACUGGCCCACUGAGGGCAGGUGGGAGCCCAGGGGAGGGCUGCACACAGAGCGCCCCACUGCCGUGUGCACUGCGCCAGCACCCCGAGCAGCAGCAGUGCUCACCGGCCGGCACGGCCGCCUCGGGAGGAAGGACCUCAGUGACCUGCUUAGCUCAGUCUCUCCUGGCAUCAAAGGAGCUGCCCCUUGUCUAUGAACAAUCUGUGUGGAAUGCAGAAGAAAUAGGCCCCUUUCUACGUUUGUGCCUCAUGGAUCAAAGUUUCCCAGCAUUUGUGGAAGAUGUGGAAAAGAACCUAAAAAAGCUGGCAGGGUUGAGAAAUUAACCCUGUAUGUACAUAUCCCACUGGGGAACUUGAAUGCACUGAAAAAAUGCUUCCUCCGAAGAUCAGUGAAGAUACAAGAAUAAAGAGUAUUAUUCUAAACACCUUUUAUCAAUGUUUUAUUUUUAAAAACAGGUGACUCCACUUUUUUAUACAUCAUUGCACUUCAACAAAUACACAAAACACAAGUACAUGCAUCUACAGUUACAUAACGCAUUGAGAUCCCUACUGGAUGAGAAAAUCUACACUCAAC